AUGAAUUACCCGGGCCGCGGGUCCCCGCGGAGCCCGGAACAUAACGGCCGAGGCGGCGGCGCCUGGGAGCUGGGCUCGGAUGCAGGUCCGGCGUUCGGCGGCAGCCUCUGCUGCUUCGAGCACCUGCCCGGCGGGGACCCGGGCGACGGCGACGUGCCCCUGGCCCUCCUGCGCGGGGAGCCGGGGCUGCACUUGGCGCCGGGCGCCGAGGACCACAACCACCACCUGGCGCUGGACUCUUGCCUCAGUGACGAGAACUAUGACUUCAGCUCGGCGGAGUCGGGCUCCUCGCUGCGCUACUACAGCGAGGGCGAGAGCGGCGGCGGCGGCAGCUCCUUGUCGCUGCACCCUCCGCAGCAGCCGCCGCUGGUCGCGACGAACUCCGGGGGUGGCGGGGCGGCGGGAGCGGGGACAGGGGAGAGGAAGCGCACCCGGCCGGGCGGCCCGGCCGCCCGGCACCGCUACGAGGUAGUGACGGAGCUGGGUCCAGAGGAAGUGCGCUGGUUCUACAAGGAGGACAAGAAGACCUGGAAGCCCUUCAUCGGCUACGAUUCGCUCCGCAUCGAGCUAGCCUUCCGGACCCUGCUGCAGGCCACAGGGGCCCGGCCCCAGGCCGAGGACCGGGACGGCGACCAUGUGUGCCGCACGGCCUCUCCCGCGGGUCCGGCCUCCAGUUCCGGGGAGGACGACGACGAGGACCGCGCCUGCGGCUUCUGCCCGCGCAUGGCGGGGCACGAUCCCGAGAUGGUAGAGCUGGUGAAUAUCGAGCCAGUGUGCGUGCGGGGCGGCCUCUACGAGGUGGAUGUGACCCAAGGAGAAUGCUACCCAGUGUACUGGAACCAGGCUGAUAAAAUACCAGUAAUGCGUGGACAAUGGUUUAUUGAUGGUACUUGGCAGCCUCUAGAAGAAGAAGAAAGUAAUUUAAUUGAGCAAGAACAUCUCAGUUGUUUUAGGGGUCAGCAGAUGCAGGAAAGUUUUGAUAUUGAAGUGUCAAAAUCCAUAGAUGGAAAAGAUGCUAUUCAUAGUUUCAAGUUGAGUCGAAACCACGUGGACUGGCACAGUGUGGAUGAAGUAUAUCUUUAUAGUGAUGCAACAACAUCUAAAAUUGCCAGAACAGUUACCCAAAAACUGGGAUUUUCGAAAGCAUCGAGUAGUGGAACCAGACUUCAUAGAGGUUAUGUAGAAGAAGCCACAUUAGAAGACAAGCCAUCACAGACUACCCAUAUUGUAUUUGUUGUGCAUGGCAUUGGGCAGAAAAUGGACCAAGGAAGAAUUAUCAAAAAUACAGCCAUAGGACAGGGAAAAUCAGUACAGGUGUUUGAAAGUAAAGUUAGUUGCUUUGGUAAAAUUUCUUUAUCAGAAAUGCCAGACACUGUUGAUUCCAUUACUCCUGACAAAGUACGAGGUUUAAGGGAUAUGUUGAACAGCAGUGCAAUGGACAUAAUGUAUUAUACUAGCCCACUUUAUAGAGAUGAACUAGUUAAAGGCCUUCAGCAAGAGCUGAAUCGAUUAUAUUCCCUUUUCUGUUCUCGGAAUCCAAACUUUGAAGAAAAAGGGGGUAAAGUCUCAAUAGUGUCACAUUCCUUGGGAUGUGUAAUUACUUAUGACAUAAUGACUGGCUGGAAUCCAGUUCGACUCUAUGAACAGUUGCUACAGAAGGAAGAAGAGUUGCCUGAUGAACGAUGGAUGAGCUAUGAAGAACGACAUCUUCUGGAUGAACUCUAUAUAACAAAACGACGGCUGAAGGAAAUAGAAGAACGGCUACAUGGAUUGAAGGCAUCAUCUAUGACACAAGCACCUGCCUUAAAAUUUAAGGUUGAGAAUUUCUUCUGUAUGGGAUCCCCACUGGCAGUUUUUUUGGCAUUGCGUGGCAUCCGCCCGGGAAACACUGGAAGUCAAGACCAUAUUUUGCCUAGAGAGAUUUGUAACCGGUUACUAAAUAUUUUUCAUCCUACAGAUCCAGUGGCUUAUAGAUUAGAACCGUUAAUACUUAAACACUACAGCAACAUUUCACCUGUCCAGAUCCACUGGUACAAUACUUCAAAUCCUCUACCUUAUGAACAUAUGAAACCAAGCUUUCUCAACCCAGCAAAAGAACCUACCUCAGUUUCAGAGAAUGAAGGCAUUUCAACCAUACCAAGCCCCCUGACCUCACCAGUCUUGUCCCGCCGACACUACGGAGAAUCUAUAACGAAUAUAGGCAAAGCAAGCAUAUUAGGGGCUGCUAGCAUUGGAAAGGGACUUGGAGGAAUGUUGUUCUCAAGAUUUGGACGUUCAUCUACGUCACAGCCAUCUGAGACAUCAAAAGAUUCGAUGGAAGAUGAGAAGAAGCUGGUUGCCUCACCUCCUACUACCACCAUAGCAACGCAGACCCUUCCACAUAGCAGCUCCGGCUUUCUCGAUUCUGCAUAUUUCAGACUUCAGGAAUCGUUCUUUAAUCUCCCACAACUUCUUUUUCCGGAAAAUGUAAUGCAGAAUAAAGAUAAUACCCUCGUGGAGUUGGAUCACAGGAUUGAUUUUGAACUCAGAGAAGGCCUCGUGGAGAGCCGCUAUUGGUCAACUGUCACGUCACACACUGCCUACUGGUCAUCCUUGGAUGUUGCCCUCUUUCUUUUAACCUUCAUGUACAAACAUGAACACAAUAAUGAUGCAAAACCCAAUUUAGAUCCAAUCUGAACUCAUGACGGACAUUAAUGGCCCCGAACUGAUUUUUUUUCCUGUUAAAAUGCCUGUCAAGUUACAGAGAUUUCGGGGUUAAGUAUGUUUCAGUUUUGU